GUUCCUUGUGCAAAACUAAAUCCUGGAAAUGGCUAUAUUACCAUACUUGCAGCGAAUGGAGCUCAAUACCUUUCUUUUCCUCCUUGUUUUCCUGUCCUUUGUUUUCCUUUUGCAUAAGCUUAGAAGAGGAGGUGGCAAUGGGAGACUCAACUCACCUCCUAGCCCACCAAAGCUACCAAUCAUUGGAAACCUUCACCAGCUAGGCAAACUCCCUCAUCGUUCUCUCGAUGCUCUGUCCAAGAAAUAUGGACCUUUAAUGCUCUUGCAUUUUGGGCAAAAUAAGACUCUUGUUGUUUCAUCUGCAGAAGCCGCCAGAGAAAUAAUGAAGGGUCAUGAUAUUGUUUUCUCAAACAGACCCAAAAUGACAGCUGCAAAUAUUUUCCUGCAUGGAUGCGCGGAUAUCGCAUUUUCUCCCUAUGGUGAGUAUUGGAGACAAGUUCGAAAGAUUUGUGUUCUUGAACUUUUAAGCCUGAGAAGAGUGCAAUCAUUUCAGUUUAUAAGGGACGAGGAAGUUGCAGAUUUGGUCGAUAAAAUUCGAGAUGCAUGUGUCACAGGGGACUCUGUUAAUAUAAGUGAUAUGCUGGCAUCUAUUUCAAUCAACAUAAUUUCAAGAUGUGCUCUUGGCCAGAAGUCUGAAGGGGGCAAGUUUGGAAAGUUGUCAAGAAGAAUGAUGGAGCAAUUUAUGGGCUUUAGUUUUGGGGAUACAUUUCCCUUCUUGAAAUGGAUGGAUUAUCUAACUGGUUUAGUUUUCGAGUUGAAAUCAACUUUAAGAGAGGUAGAUGCUUUUCUUGAUCAGGUGAUUGAAGAGCAUAGGAAUUUGGGGAAUCAUGAAGAAGAAGAUGACUUGUCUGCUAAGAAAGAUUUUGUGAAUAUUCUCCUGCAGCUUGAAAAGAAUGGCACGUUCGAUUUUCAGCUUAGUCAAGAAAAAAUCAAAGCGAUCUUGUUGGACAUGUUCGUAGGAGGAUCUGAUACAACUUCAACUGCAACGGAAUGGUUAAUGGCAGAGCUUAUGAAAAAUGGAAAUGUGAUGAGUAAGGUCCAAGAAGAGGUAAGAAGAGUUGUGGGAAAGAAAUUAAAGGUAGAGGCAGAUGAUAUUGAACAAAUGAAUUACUUGAAAUGUAUAAUCAAAGAAACUCUUAGAUUGCAUCCUCCUGCUCCUCUAUUGGUUCCAAGAGAAACAUCUACAAGUGUUGAAUUGGGAGGAUAUUAUAUUCCUCCUAAAGCAACCGUGCUUGUAAAUGCACUUGCAAUUCAAACAGACCCAGAGGUAUGGGACAAACCUCAAGAGUUUUGGCCAGAGAGAUUUGAGAAUAACCCACUUGAUUUCAAAGGCCAAGACUUCCAAUUCAUCCCAUUUGGCGGUGGAAGAAGGGGUUGUCCAGGAAUCACGUUUGGGAUGGCUUCAGCAGAGGUUGUGAUUGCAAAUCUCUUCUAUUGGUUUAACUGGAAGUUGCCUGAUGGUGAGGAUUUGGACAUGAGUGAAGUUUAUGGGCUUUCUGUUCAUAAGAAAAUUCCUCUUCGUCUCGUUCCAGCAUUGUACUCUCCCUGAUCAAGUUCCCACUUUUGCUGUUGUAUAACAUUGGCAUGUCUUGUGUUUCUUUUUUCUGUAUUUUCAGGGAAUGCUUUUUGGUCACAAAUAAUUCACAUUGAAAAAUGAACAGCAAAAGCUACCUUCUUUGCAUUGUACUUCAA